GCGGGCGGCAGCGCGGGCCCUGACUUGCCCUCCUCCCCUCUCCCUUCCAUUCCCUCCUACGGGUCUCGUUCCUGGCGCGGCGGUGAGGUGGGGGCUGCCUUGCCCUGCCUUGCCCCCUUCGCUCCCAUCCCGGCGAGGCCUUCGCGGGACCACCCCGCCGCCCACCGAUCCUCACGACUCUACCCCCCAGCCCUCCUCUCCCCUCCCGGUUCCCCUGGCCGCGCCCUGUCCACUUCUCCCCUCGCCGCCCAGCCGAGCCCAGCGGGGCUCCCGAUGAUGCCGGGGGCGCGGGCGGCGGAGGAGCAGCGCCUGGACGUGUGGCGGCCGCCGCCGCCCCAGUGACGGCCCCGCCAUGUCGGUGAUGGUGGCGAGGAAGAAGGUGGUUCGGAAAUGGGAGAAGCUGCCGGGCAGGAACACCUUCUGCUGCGACGGCCGCAUCAUGAUGGCCCGGCAGAAGGGCAUCUUCUACUUGACGCUUUUCCUCAUCCUUGGCACCUGCGCUCUCUUUUUCGCCUUUGAGUGCCGGUACCUGGCGGUGCAGCUGUCCCCGGCCAUCCCGGUGUUCGCCGCAGUCCUCUUCCUCUUCGCCAUGGCCACGCUGCUGCGCACCAGCUUCAGCGACCCCGGCGUCAUCCCGCGGGCCCUGCCCGACGAGGCGGCCUUCAUCGAGAUGGAGAUCGAGGCCACCAACGGGACGGUGCCGCAGGGCCAGCGCCCACCGCCACGGAUCAAGAACUUCCAGAUCAACAACCAGAUCGUGAAGCUCAAGUACUGCUACACCUGCAAGAUCUUCCGCCCGCCCCGUGCCUCCCACUGCAGCAUCUGUGACAACUGUGUGGAGCGCUUUGAUCAUCACUGCCCCUGGGUGGGCAACUGCGUGGGGAAGAGGAACUACCGCUACUUCUACCUCUUCAUCCUCUCGCUCUCACUCCUCACCAUCUACAUCUUCACCUUCAACAUAGUCUACGUAGCACUGAAAUCUCUGAAGAUUGGGUUUCUGAACACGUUGAAGGAAACCCCAGGGACUGUACUGGAGGUGCUCAUCUGUUUCUUCACCCUGUGGUCAGUGGUGGGGCUAACUGGGUUCCACACCUUCCUGGUGGCACUGAACCAGACAACCAACGAAGACAUUAAGGGGUCCUGGACUGGGAAGAACCGCGUUCAGAAUCCCUACAGCCAUGGCAACAUCGUGAAGAACUGCUGUGAGGUGCUCUGCGGGCCUCUGCCCCCCAGUGUCCUGGACCGCCGGGGCAUCCUGCAGCAGGAGGAGAGCACAGCUCAGGAGCCAUGCCCGCGGGGGCCCAGCGCUGCAGAGCCCACGGGUGGGCAGGCGGAGGAGAGCCGGGCGCAGCAGAAGGGUGCCAGCCUUCCUCACCCCAGUGCUGUCCCUGCACCACCCCUGAGCACUGCGGAGAUGUCGGAGGAGAAGCAGCAGACGCCUGGGGAGCUCCUGGUCCCGUCCCAGGACGCUGGGCAAGCGGAGCAGUAGCAACUGCCCGGAAGGGAGAACUUUCUUGUGCUGUCUGAUGGAAGUUGGAGGAGAGGAGGAGAAGGGCUGGAUGGCAGGCACAGGAUUCCUCACGGCCGUUUUGCUUUAGUCUUUAUCCAGCAGGGCGCGGGCUGGGCGCUGGCCCUGCAGGACGGAUUGGGAACACGGGGUGUGGCCUGCCCUGCUCCCCCGGGGCCACCUGCUGCCACCAAGGCUGCUCUGCCCGCGGGCCGAGGCAGGACCUCUCGCUCUGCAGGUCGCCCUGGGACGUCGACACAGGCUUGGUGCCCAGGCUCGUCCCUCACUGUCCUGGGUCCUCAGCACCAGCUGGGUGGCCAGGGAUGUCCCUCACCGUCCCAGGUGCUCAGCAUGGGCUUAGCGGCCAGGGUCGUCCCUCUCUCCAGUCGUGGCUUUCUUGCUGAGAAAACUCAUGGUGGAGCAGCUCAGACGUGAGGUUAGGGCCGGCCUGUUCCCUCCUGAUGAGGAAUCCUGGUGGGAUGAGGGACAGCGGUUGGUGGCAGCAGUGUCCCCUCCCCCCUCCUCCCUCCUUCCCCUCCCCUGUGCCGUUGUUUUGUGCGGUAAGGUGGCAGCAGGGGGUGGCAGGAGACGUUUCGGGUUCCAAAAGGGCCAAAACCACUGGGAAGGUGUUCUGCUGGCAGCAGGUUUUUGAAGCAGUGCUCCUGCUCUACACGUGGCGUGCCCAGUGCCAGCACAGGAGGUGGUGGCAGGAGAUGA